AUGGAGAAGAGAGGGGAAAACUUGGAUCCAGAGGUCGAUGUCGAAGAUGGAGCUUUUAAGGAAGGCCAUAUUCCUGAAAAGGUCCUUCAGCACUCCAAUGACGCCGACGAUGCCAUGAAGGCAUUUGCCGGCGGAGAGGCAAUUCACAUUGACGAAGCCACGAACAAGCGAUUGCUGAGGAUCAUCGACUGGAAUCUCAUGCCCAUCAUGUGUGUAAUCUAUGGAUUGCAAUACCUGGACAAAACGACACUCUCCUACGCCUCAGUCAUGGGUCUACGAACUGAUACCUCUUUGGAAGGAGACGACUAUCAAUGGCUCUCGAGUAUGUUCUACUUCGGUUACCUAGCGUGGGAAUACCCCACAAAUCGACUCCUCCAACGUCUCCCUCUUGGAAAGUACAGCGCUUCAURCAUCAUCCUCUGGGGUGCAAUAUUAGCAUGCUUUGCCGCCGUGAAGGAUUUUGGAGGCGCUGUCGCGGUUCGAUUCUUUCUGGGAGCUACUGAAGCAGCUGUAACUCCUGGGUUCGCCUUCAUCACCAGUCAAUGGUACACCAAAGCCGAGCAGGGCAUGCGAGUGGGAAUCUGGUUUUCAUUCAACGGUGUAGCUCAGAUUGUGGGUGGUGUUGUGGCUUAUGGGAUUGCCAAAGGUACUGAGAAUGGCACGAGUUCGCUGGCGGGAUGGCAGAUCCUUUUCCUAGCGACCGGUCUGGUUACCGCUGCUGUUGGAGUUGUGUUCCUCUUCGUCGUCCCGGACAAUCAACUCAACGCACGUUGGCUGAGUAAAGAAGACCGCAUUCUUGCUUUGGAGAGAAUCAGGGCAAACCAGCAGGGUGUUGGAAACAAGCACUUCAAGAUGUACCAGUUCCGGGAAGCUUUGACUGAUCCGAUGGCGUGGGCUUUUGCGCUCUACGCUUUGAUUGCCGACAUUCCAAAUGGUGGCAUCACCAACUUCUUCUCCCAGCUGAUCGUCUCCUUCGGUUAUACAUCCCAACAAUCACUUCUCUACGGAACUCCCGGUGGUGCCAUUGAGAUCGUCGCUAUUAUCGGUUGCGGUUAUUUUGCCCAGAGAUACGGCAACAGAAUUCUCAUCUCGAGUGCUGGAAUGAUCGUGGCUAUCCUCGGUGUUGCACUCAUUGUGGGUCUCCCACUGAGCAACAACACAGGGCGACUCAUCGGUUACUAUUUCACCCAAGCCAGCCCAACGCCAUUCGUUUGCCUGCUCAGUCUCAUCUCGAGUAAUGUAGCAGGCUACACGAAAAAGACGACUGUGGCGGCCAUGUUCCUGAUUGCAUACUGUGUUGGAAAUAUCAUCGGACCACAAGUCUUCAGACCCAAAGAUGCUCCGCGGUACAUUCCUGGUGUCAUUACGAUUCUGGUGUGUUACUGCUUGAGUCUCUGCAUCAUCGUCUUCAUCUGGUUCUGGUGCAAGAGACAGAAUGCGAAAAAGGCUGCUAUUAGGUCGCAGCCGGGGUAUCUGAAGCUGGAGAAUCAGGAAUGGCUGGACUUGACGGAUCGCGAGAACCCGGAGUUUGUAUAUGACCUUUGA